UUGAAUUGUCAUUAGUUUGCCGCCAUAAUCAGAUGUUAGUAAAGUAUAUUUUCGUAACUAGCAGCAGUGAACGAAAUCCCCGAGUUUUUAUAGGAGAAAAAGAGCAGUUCAGUUCAGCAAUAAAAAUCGUAAAAUGGUAAAAAAAUAGUGAAUAAUUCUAGUGCAAAUCGAAGGAAUAAGUGCAUAUUUGUUGAUCAAGCAUUCUGAUGUCCAGCCAUUCUGUCAAUGUUAUUUAGUAUAUCAUAAAAUCUGAUAAUUUUUUAGUUAGUAUGUUAGUAAUAUUAGCAUAUAACAAUGUCAGAAUUUCACAGAAGAUAAUGAAGUGUAAUUGAAACAUAAUUUCUUCGAGUCGUAAUGAUUUCGAAUGCAAUUAACAAAUUUCCACAGUAAUAUCGAUGUAGUCCGGAAAUGGUGUGUAAAGAGGACGUUUUAUUAUGGUUCAAAGACUUGGAUAGUCACGAUCGGAUAGAUCUAAUGUACGAGUUACUGAACAUGUGUUUGCCAUUUGAACUCCGUUUCUUCGGAUCGUGCAUCGAGGAAUUGGGAAAGCACACGUACCAGGAACUGAGGGGGCCCACGCUGAUGGCGAACGACCUGGAGAAAUUGUCCAAAGACGCGUCGUUCAGUCAAGGCGUCGUGGACGAGAGUGUGCGACAUAGAUUGAUAAUUUACCUGUCUGUGCUUUCGUCUAGGAACUAUAACGUGGCCAAUUGGGUUUUUAACAAUGCGUUAAGGACAGACUCUAUCGAGGAGUAUCUAAAAGAUAAUGGCAAGGAGGAAAUGUUAAUUAGUGAAUUUUUAUUGUUGUACACGAUGGCGUUGCAUCAUCCUGCAUUUACGUUUGAACAAAAACAAUUUUUCAGUAGGGUGCUUGUGAACAUAAUCGGUAUUAGGGAAAAUAGGGUAUCGGCCAGGCAUAGUGCUCUCGGAUAUCCACCAGGAUUCGGGUAUCCAACACAAAAGCAAAUGGAAGUUCCGGUGGUACCAGUAAAGACUGCUCCAACGACAUGUGGCGACUCACCUGCUAUAUUCCAUCAACCGCCCGGUUUGGGACACAUGCCUCCUGUACCGCACGUUGAUUUCACGAUAACUCCUAUAAGUUGGAAUAGGGGUUUCCCCUACGGUGCUCCGGAGGUCCCAUCGUUUCCUCCACCUCAAAUUUCUCCGCUAGUCAGUCAGGCGGCUUCGCCGAGCCAAAGUCGAAGCACGUCGCCGCUCAGGACGCCCAUCGUGAGGCCUCCGCCUCCGCCGCCUCCCGGUGCAAUGCAGCCUCCUCCGCUUCAACUUUCAAACGUGCCACCGCCACUCACUUUACCACCACCUACCAAUAUAGAAAUCGUCACCGGGCCGAUAGUUCCUACACAACUUCCUGUGGAGCCACCGCAGUCUGCCAUACCAGUGUUUAAUCCUCCGCCCGAUAUUAAGACCAUCGAGGAUGAUCCGGUUAAGAUUGAAGAAAAACGUGAUAUUUUGUGGCCUCAACAAUGUUUGAUAAAUCCCGACGCGAAGCCGAACGGCGUCCGUUUUCCGCUAAUAGGAAACGUCGGGAAGAUCCGGCCGUAUCUAGUUGAACAAAUACAAGCAAUGAAUUUGGAGGGCGAGAAUUCGCUGCACCGUUCGAAUUCGUCGAGCAAUAGUAGUUUAAACGAAACGCCGCCCGGCACGCCGUCGCUGAUGGCGUCGACGACGACGCCGGCGCCGCCGCCGCACGGACCAGGCAGGGGGGGCGGCGCCGCCGACAUGAAGGGGGCCCGUUCGAACGGGAUGCCGUUCGGGGGGCCGAGUCCGAUGCCCGACACGCAAUCGCCGCCGCCGAAUUUCAGCAACAAUUCUGUGCCUUACAGUUUUCCUCAGCCGUUUGCCACGCUGCCGCCUAACAGGUCAAUGUUUCAUUAUAAUCAAGCCUAUCGACCUAAUUUUACCGCUCACUUUCCCAAUUUCCCUCCGACUGACAAUUUCCCGACUUACACCUUUCCUUAUUAUCCGAUUAUGUAUUCUAGCAGCCAGUAUCAGCCGAGGACUCCGCCGGGAUGUUAUAACUGUGGAGCUCCCGGUCAUUUAGGAAGCGAAUGUACCAGUCAAAAUAUUGAGGAGAUCACGCAAAAGAAAACUUACGUGUUGGAUUAUACAUCUUCAUUGCAUGAUUCAGAGAAAUGAUAGUGUAUGAUGGUUCUUUUUUUUUAGUGAUUUAUCGAACAGUUACCGUACUGUUUUAAAAAACGUAAUUAAUAGGAAAACGUGUAAUUAAUUGUAAAAAGUCUUAUCCCCGAUUUAUAGUUGACCUCAUUUUGUUUGUUUGUUGAUUUUUUUUGUCGUAGACGCAAGCUAGGUCGGAAAACUGUUAAGUGUCAAGAGAUUUACUACGAUUACAUUUACUAUUAGAGCAAUUUGUGGUAUUAAAUUAAAUUUUCGGUCUGUUUUCGGAUUUUUUGCAUUUUUAAUUCCGUUACGAAGGAUUUUAUGUUUUAAUAAAAGCGGUUCUACGAAUUGAAAUGAAACGGUAUUGACUAAAUAUUUCGGUAUAUUUUUUUUCGAUAAAUUAUUGAAACGUUAUUCUGUUGCGGAUAAAGAUAGAUAAACCUAGGUUUACCCGGGUAAACUGCGAAAUACCAAAGAAACAUGGGUAGGGUAGGAUUUUUUUGGGUUUCUUGGGUUCCCGUUAUGCCAGGGGAAAAUCGUUUCGCACUUUACCCUGGUAAACCUAGGUUUAGUCAUUUUUCUAAUUUUACUCGUAACAGUUACAAUGAUUUGAUCAACCUUUUUAAUUUCAAAAUUUGCGAUAAACACCAUUCGUUCUAAUUAUGAAAUUGUUUUAGUGACUUUUUAGAUCCUUGUUAAAUUUUUAAGGACUUUUGUAUGAAUUUACUACAGACUUGGUUUUUAGAAUUUUAAUUCUAAUAGUGUAAUAAUCUCUUUUAAUUUUCAAUCAUGUUUACAUAAUGUAGGUGAGAAGUGAAUUAAUUGAAAAUAUAUUUGUAUGUUAAAAUGUAACGCCGUUCAUUACCGAGUUGUGUACAUAAUUUUUCAGGAAGAGUUCCUUCACCGGUUUCUUUUUUGACCUAGAUUGCACAUAAAUAAUGAUCAUUUUAAACGUUUUUCUCUAGUUUUUUAUUGAACUUUAUUUGCAGGAAUCAGAUCGUACGGAAUCUCGGUUUAUUUUUCAUCACAAUAAUUUUAUGUAUUUUCAAUUUACAUGAACUAAAGCCAGUACUUACCACUUAUAGCAAAUUUGUUGCCAUAAAAAAUUGUAGCUAUUUUUUACUUUGCGUCAGUAAGCUAAUAAAUAACCGUUUGAUAAAGGCGAGUAGCUGUCAUUUUUGUUUAAUUUAACCCCGAACUGACGAAGCUUCACGAACAAAAUUGUUUCUGAAAGAUGUGGAAAAAGCUUCUCGUGCUUUCAUUACCUAGUAGAUCGAAUAUUAGGCGAAUCGUAAAUGUGAAAUUUUUCUUUUAAUAGGCGUUAAAAACGUAACGGAAAUAAAAGAAGCAGUUUUAGAAAUAAUGGGAUACUUACUUUGAAACAGUAGGUUUUAAUUAAGCAAAGAAAAGAUUACAUGAGUGUUUAAUGUUCAUAUUAAAGAAAAUCUACUAUCAACUUACUAGGAAAAUUCAAUAGAAACAAAGUUUUGUGGAUUUGAAAACCCUUCAUUUUUUAAUGAAAAGAAUUAUUUUAGAUGUGCUUUGUUAAUUUUCCUUUGGAUUGUUUUCUUUCAUGACUUUUCUCUGCUAAGCACUUCCAUGAUAAUUACACUAUUUUCUUCAAUUUUCAGUAUAAAUAAAUGGUAUUUUUUUGUGUAAAUCACCAAUUUGAGAAGAUGAUGAUUAAGUUAAUGUAUUAGACGAAAAGUACCGCUUUUAAUUUCGUCAAUAAUGAACUCUAAGCAAUAGUCGAAUAAUCAUAAUCGUUUAGAGACUGAGUAUGUGUACUUGUGUAUUAGAUAAUUAUUACACGUUUUGAAAAUCGUGUGGGUUUCUUAAUAUUAUAGCAAUUAUUGCUUGAAAAUUUUAGGACAGUCUUCCAAUUUAAUUCUUAAAUUGUAAUGGUUAAAUUUCGAUAGAAAAUUUCAGUCUGUAAUGAUUAAAAUCAGGUGUUUUUUUUGUAGCGAUAUUUACACAAUUCAUCUUGCUUUUAUUGUACACCAAAAUUAGACAAUUGGAGACGUUUUGUUUCCUUUUUUUUUAAAUUUUAAUUUGCAAUUAAUCAUAUGUAUGUUGUAGAAAAUUAAGUACGGUUUUAAUUAAAUGCAGUACCUGCAUAAAAAGAGCAAAUUGCUAUAGAACUAAAUUGUUUUUUUGAGAAAAUUUGUCGAACUUUUCUUAAUUUAAGUGAGUUGUAUCAAAAAUUUUCUUAGCUUACAUUAUAACACUCUAAUCUAAUCGAUUGAUUCCUAAUUUUAAACUUUCAAUGCAGCAUGCCAAAUUCACUAGAUUUAAGACAUUAAUUUAUUGUUAUCAAUACAUAAAAAAAUAUUGCUUGUCAUUA